AGUUCUACUAUUACAAGCAUGCCUAAACAACGUGUCAUACCUAUCCACUGAAGAAGAAACCUAUCACAAUGAAUCAAACUAAAUUAAAAAUAAACCCAGAGAGGAAACCUCCGGUUCCCUCUGACUUUUGGUAUAACUUUGACAACAAAAUGUUUAAAAUUCGAAAAAAGAAGUUGUGGUCCCACAGCCGACAAGCCCCUCAAAGAGUGGAUAAAAUGCUUGUGGCAAAAACACCAGUGUCGUUUGUGUAUUUAUCCUUUGGAGUUGCUACAGUGAAAGUGAACUCUAGAGUGGCGGAUUAUUGGGCUACAGUGUUGGGCCCAAGGCCAAAGACUAUACAAGUGAUAAAGGCCAUGCAGGACCUUCAAGCGAGGGAGUUCAAAAUGCUGAAGCCGGAUAUACGUUACAACUUCAUGGUAGGAGGAGAUGGAGUUGUAUAUGAAGGAAGAGGAUGGAAAAACAGGCCACAAUUACCUAAGAAGUAUUGGUACAGCAAUGACCAAAGUCUCUACAUAGGCUUUAUAGGUAACUGGCAAAAAGUGCCACCGCCAAAACAUCUCAUAGACCUUAAAAACGAAGUGAUAAAAAUAGGUAUUCAAAUGAAGAUGAUUAAAAUGAAGCAUCUUCAGAUUGUACUUCCAUUUACUUGUGAUUAUAAACAUGAGCUUAAUAAAUAUAUAUUUUAA